AUGAGCCGCGCGGUGUGGUACAUUUCUCUGUUGGGUCUGUGCCUGGUAUUGCCUGUACGGUUGGGAGAACAGCGAACCAGGUCGAGACGCUUUCUCAUUUUUCCGCGUCAAGCUCCGACCAGACAUCAGUUCAUUGCCGGCAUUGGCAUUCCGGCUGAUCUGACCUAUGAAUCACUUACCGUCGGUCACGUUCUGAAAGCGGAGUUUUUUCUGCCAUAUAAUGCUUCCGUGUACCGACAAAACCCAUUUCUUCCGGAAUACAAACAUAAAACAGUUUCCCUAAACGGAGGGAACGACGGGACUGAGAUACGUCAAUUGCAAAUGAAUCCCAGCCAGUUGCGCUGGCAAAUUUACGCGUACAUUGAGCACAUGUUAAACGGCCAGGGAUACAACGGCCACGAAUGCAUGCUGCAAGCUAUUUGCGAGGCAAAUGCAAUAAAGUUCUCGAAACACUUUAGUGUCGUCCAGGAGCUACUGCAUCUGGUGCUUGGCCCCUCCACGACGCUAAAUGGCGACGCUGCGGAGGCCUACGACUACAUACUGGCUGAAAAGAUGAGCUCGAAAUCAAACAGUUGCGACAUUUAUGACUGCAGCAUAAAGCUACUCGAUUGGAUUUCGAGAGUAAUGCAUUCGCAGUAA